AUGGAGACCUUCCAGCUGAAGAACCUGAACCCUGCGCAGCUGUUUCAGCUGUUGUUCCUCACCGUGCUGGAGCUGGCAGAGCGCUUCCAGAUCAACCUGAGGGGGCGGCCGCGUGUUUUCAUGCGGGAAGAACCUGAUGAGGAAAACCCACCAGAAGCUGUCCAGCCACCACCGGUGCCAGCUCAUGGGCCAGUACGUGCUCGCAGAUGCCAGAGUGCCUGCCGCUUCUGCGUGCAAGGCUGCGACCGAACGAAGCCCUACCACAAGCAUCAUGCUUGCCAAGGACAUGCCCACCUGAGGCAAAGACUGCGACGCAUGUUGCAGGAAGAACAGCUGAACUGCCAGAGCGUUCUCUGUACUUGGUUGUUGUCAAUGUUUGCAUGGGGACACUUUAGCGUGCAACGAGUACAAAAGAUCAGUGCUUUGGUUAUGAAAGAUUUGAAGAGUGCUGAGACUUCUGAAACAAUCUGGAAUGACUUGGAGACAUUAUCCAAGUUAGGAACUGAAGGUCUGUACGCGAACAAGAUGCACACGGAGCUCAUGGGCAAAUGCAAAGGCUUGUCUAACCUACCGACUUUUGUGAUCUCCCGAGCUCAAGCCAUGGACGUGCUUUGCGACCGCGAUGAGUCCCCGUGGUUCAGGGUCCUUUCAGGAAUGGUGCACAAGUUUUACAAUGGCUGUCCAUGGCAACGAAAGGAGGACCAUUCCGCAGGGUUCCACGAACGUUCUCGCUUUCAGUGGGGAAGUUGGGAAAUCAAGACCAUGAAUGGCCUUGUGGUUCCUCGAUGGGAUCUUUGGAUGUCGAACCGUGGCAAAGCUCGAGACUUUUUCGAAAGUUGGCUACAUGUGCAGAUGCGAGACUCUCCAGGCAGCGACCUCACCUACCAAGUAUUGGUCUUCUUGGAUCGGCUCUUCAUGGCAGGCUUGAAGCUAUAUGGUGAAGACCACCGAGAUGUCUUUGAAAAUCCUGAAGACUUCUUUGUGCGAAUGCUGCGACAUGAAGGGUACCGUGUCGAAGAUCAGAAAAUAUGGCUUGUUGACGAGAGCAGCGGCUGGUGGGAGGAGAAAAAGCCAUGUGGUCUAAAUUUGAAGGAAGCGUUUGACUUGUUGCACGAUGUGAAACUAAAAGACAUCAUGCAGCAGUGGGUUGAACCCAAUGCUCCUUCUUUGCAAUGGCAAUAA